AUGGCAAAGACUAAGGGAGGUCUUUCCGCAUCCUCAUCCUCGCCGAUGCCUCGACUAGAGCAGUCCGCCAUUGGAGGCGCCACUUCGCCACCUGCUCAGGACUCCACCGUUCCCCCAUCUGAGGCCAAGAGGCCUGCUUCUCGGCCAUCUGCGAAGAGGACCAAGUUCUCGGGUCCUGGAGAGCCAUCCCAGACACCUCAGGCAGAGCCGCCUACAGAGGACUCUCAGAUUCCCGUGGGGAUUCCUCUCGAGACCGUCAUCAGGAGUCCUAUGAUCGCAGGACCGCCUAUAGAGGGCAACCUGGAUUGCAGAGAUCGAUCCUUCCACUCAGAGACCUGUUUUGACGUCGAGGCUCUCAGACAGCAGCCAGAGCUCAGGGAUUCAUUCCCCUACUUUGCACCUCAGGGAGCCCCAGCUGUGCCUCCACCUCAGGAAGCCCCAGAUGUGCCCCCACCUCCAGAGCUACCCCAAGAUGAGCAGUUGCCUCAGGCCCAGCAGGAUGAGAUUCUCACUGACAUUACACCUCCUGCCCCUGCAGCACACACCUCAGUGCACAUGCCUGAGGCUACACUUCUUGCUUCUCCUAUCACUCAGCCAGCUCCACCAGUCAUGCCAGCUACAUCAGCACCUCCUCCUUCAUCUUAG